CUGGUUACGACACAUGAAGACGGGCUCCAGUUCCUGGUGUGGACUCAGAGGCGGACCGAUGAGACGGAGAAGGUAGACCUGGUCGACUCCUCUGAGCGGGAUCAGCAACUCCAGUUUUUUACGCAGCGGGCGGAAAUACCGAACAGCGGAAAUAAUCUUAUCUGGAAUGCCGGCCAUGAACAAAUCUGCUGAAGAUGAGGCCUCCUUCUCGUCGAAGGUCAUCGGCAUCGUGUUUAUCAUCCUGCUGCUGGACCUGCUGGGGUUCACCCUGAUUCUGCCGCUGCUGCCUUCUAUUCUGGAUCAUUACGCUCAAGCAGGGGAUGUCACGUAUCGGUCUCUGCAGAGUGUGGUGGACUGCUUCAGGGAGGCCGUUGGGAUCCCCAUGGAGAAGAAAUACAACACCGUUCUGUUUGGAGGUCUGAUCGGGUCUCUGUUUUCUCUGCUACAGUUUCUGUCCUCGCCUGUAACGGGGGCUCUGUCUGACCGUCAUGGCCGACGACCUCUCCUCAUUCUAACCACGUUAGGGCUGAUCUCCUCCUACGCCGUCUGGGCUGUUUCCCGGAGCUUCGGCAUGUUCCUUUUGUUUCGGGUAAUCGGGGGCAUCUGUAAGGGCAACGUCAGCCUCUGCACUGCCAUCGCCGCGGACCUGCCGUGUCCAAAAGCACGGAACCGAGGAAUGGCAAUGAUUGGCGUCGCCUUUUCCCUGGGCUUCACCGUUGGACCUCUCAUGGGUGCUUACUUUGCUGUCAGCUCCAAAACAACAGGAAACGUCUUCUACGAAACUCCGGCUCUGCUCGCCUUGGCCUUCAGCGUGGCGGAUCUUUUCUUUAUUUGGCUGAUGUUGCCAGAAACACUACCGAAGGGCAUUAAGGCUUCCCCGUCUGCACGCGGGGACUCCUGGGACCUCCUCAGUCCGCUGUCCUUGUUCCAUUUCACUGCUGUCACCAAGACGAAGGAACCACCUUCAAAAGAAAGGAUGCAGAAGCUCCAAGUCUUGGGUCUGGUUUAUUUCUGCUACCUCUUCCUCUUCUCCGGUCUGGAGUUCACGCUGAGUUUUCUGACUCACCAGCGCUUCCAGUUUACAAGCAUGCAGCAGGGGAAGAUGUUCUUCUUCAUUGGCGUGAUCAUGGCUUUGAUCCAGGGGGGUUACGCUCGGAGAAUCAAACCUGGGCAACACAUACGUGCCGUUCGCUUGGCAAUAAUGAUGUUGGUCCCAGCGUUCAUUCUCAUUGGGUUAUCGUGGAAUGUAACAAUGCUUUAUGUUGGCUUGGCAUUAUACUCCUACGCUGCAGCAAUUGUCGUUCCCUGUCUGUCAACCCUCGUUGCUGACCACGGUUCAUCUAAUCAGAAGGGUACUGUAAUGGGGAUCCUGCGCAGUUUGGGUGCGCUGGCUAGAGCAUUUGGGCCGGUGGUGUCAUCCUCCGUUUACUGGAUUGCAGGAGCACAGACCUGUUUUCUCAUCACGUCAGCCUCCUUUGUGAUUCCGCUUAUCCUCCUGAGCAAAGCCAGAACGCUAAAGGAGGAGUGAGCAGCACAAAGAUUUCAAAUUGCUGGGAUCUUUUAAAAGAUUGCAGUUUUGCUGCCUUUCUAUGAAUGUUAUAUUGUUUACUUCUUUCAAGGAGAACAAGCACUUUUUCACAUUUUUACUCGGCAGCGAUGGGAUUUUUUUACUUUCUGUGCCUUUUGGCCAAAGAAAAACCUAAAAACAAAACCAUGCAAAAAGACCAAAUGAAUGCAUAACAAAAAAAAAUCAAACAGGUACAGAAUGUUUUCAUUGUGUAAGUAGGAAAUAAUGCUGUAUAUUUGCACAUGAAAACAUCUCCUCUUUAUAGAAUACAUACGAUUUGAUGAUUACAAAUCACCUUAAUGUUAGUGAAGUUUAGAUAUCUUUUUAUAACAGAAUAUUUUAUCAGUCACACAGAUGCAGUAUUUUAUAAGUCAGCAUUUUAUUUUUUCUGUCAUUAAAGAUGGUUGUUUUUUAUGAAUAUUUGAAGGAAAAAAACCUACAACCACAUUUGUUGAUGAGAAGUGAAACAUCAUGAAAAGUAUCAAUAAAACUCUACAGUAAUACUUUCA